GAUAAACUAUCUACGCAUAGUCGUAGGGAUGCAAUACGGUGUAUGCUAUAUGAACGACUUGGGUGAACUUAUGAGAUAGCAAGAUUCAUAUUUUCAUAGCGUUGUCGGAUUGUUUGGAGUUUAAAAUUUAAAAUAAAGGAUAAAUCAUGAACGCCUCUAACACUAAUAAAACGACUGCAUCCAUCAUGGGUAUGGACGAGCCCGCGCUAUUCAAUCAGUUUGAGAUACGGUCUCCAUUCGAGAUUCUGCUUGAGACCGCCCCACAUGUGAUAACCAUUGACAGAGUGGUGACCCCUAUAUGGUACAUCAUUGGCUUCAUCGGAAACACCAUCUCGGCCAAAAUAUGGCUAUCCAGGAAAGUUUGUAAGUCGAAUUCCUCCGCAGUUUACUUUGGCUCCAUUGCGAUUGUUGAAACAUUGUACCUUACAUUACACGUGAUUUACGAACUUCACGUGGCCUGGGGCUACAACACGUACCACCGACAAGUUUCGUGCGAGAUUUUCAACUUCCUCUUGUUGACACCUCAGUACUUGGUACCGAUGCUUGUUUUGGGAUUUACUACCGAACGUUAUAUUGCUGUCUGUCACCCGUUUGUGAAAGAGAAAUAUUGUACAGUAACCAGAGCAAAAAUUGUUAUUGGAUGUAUGUCCAUAACAUCUUUUGCAUUGGGACUCGUUCAAGUGUACAUAUGGGCAUUUGAUGACGUCAUUGGUUGCGUCUUUCGUCCGUCAGCAAUACGCUUCUAUACAAUCUGGACAUGGAUUACGGAAAUGUUACUUUUUCUUGUCAUCCCCGUCGCUUGCCUGGCCAUAAACGUGUUAGUGAUCCGGGAAAUAAAACGUAUACAAAUUCAAAGUGCUGCGCAUGGCCAGGGGGCUAAUCCGACUUCGACAACUACGCUGUUAUGUGUUUCAUUCUAUUUCAUAUUUACACUACUUCCAGCGACAAUUGUCUACGCUAUACAAACAUCAAUUCAACAAGGGGAUCCUACGUUAAGCCUGGACGCAUGGGCGAGCGACCCCACGUGGAAGUCGUAUUUCCAGUAUCUAACAAUACGCAAAAUCGUUGAAGAAAUAUGCCUGUCCAAUUACGCUUGCUACUUCAUUAUUUAUUAUGUAACUGGUGCAUACUUUAGACGAGCAUUCAAAGAUUUGUUCAAGUGGUCACGUGUUUCAAAAACGAAAAACUCUUAUAACAGAGCAAUUACAUCGGACUACAGUGUCGCAAGUAAUAGUAAAGUGUGUACGGAGACUAUCGUGCUAAACGACAUAGAUUCCCAAUGAAAUUUAGUAUUCGAUGUAAUAAUAAACAAAACGCGGUUUGGAUCACGAGUACAUAUAUUUGUGUAACAUUUAUUAUCUUGUUUAAUGAAACAAAAAGAUAUACAACUGGUGCGCGAUUUUUGAAAUUAUUUUAAACGAUAGAUCUACUUUUGCUCUUAAAAUUAAACCACACCUCUUAAAUAAAAAUAACAAGCAUGUUACCAUGCACAAAUCACUGUAGUAUUUGUCAAUGUUAUGAUUCAAUUAGAUUAUACAAUUAGUGUUUUGUAUAUAGGUUUAUAUUUCUUUGUGUUGAUUACGUGCUGGACGAUGAUUUAUAAGAAUGUUGAAUAAUGCUAAAAGACUCUAGGACCACAACAUUGUAAUAAAACAGAAAAUACUGUAGCACAGAAAUGGAUUAGCCAUUGACGUGAGACGGACAUAAUCCGAUAUCUAUUUUUCUCGCUUUUUACGCAGCAUGUUAAGGCUGCCCUACAUAUGGACGAAUUUGCGAACAGUCAUAAAGCUUUUACGACCCCAAAGACUGACGUCAGCAACUAUAUAAUUGUACUGCUUAUGUAAACAAAAUAAUUUCAGACUUGAUAGGGAUUCCUUGAGGCAAGUGACCCUUUGUGUAUGCAAAAGAGGAUCAAAAUAACAAUUUGUAUAUUACAUAAUUGCAGGCAGUAAUUUAGCAUUAAUAUAAAAUUUACAUUAAACCUUCGUAAACCAUAUUACGUUUGUGAAUUUUAUAUACUGCUUGUGUACUGUGAUAUAUCUGUGAGUUUUAGGAUUUUUCGAUUGCCGAGUACAUUGAAAGGGCAUAUACACGUAUUUUGUUUCCCGCUAUAGCAGGCUAUGUAAGAAUAAAAAAAUGCAUCAAUGUGCAUACUGUUAAACAAUCAUUUUUUUCUAUUGUGUAUACCUGUUUAAAGGUAGGAGAUUUACUUAGUGUUGGCUUUUACGAGGUUCGGAUGUGUUUUUUUGUCAAAGUCUAAAUCUAGGCUUAUAACAUCUUUAAUCGAUAAAAUGUGGCGCCAUAAUGGUGUAAGAAUACUGAACACGUUUACUUGAGUAAUAGAUUAUCAUAUAAUAAAUAUAAAUGAAUACCAUUGUUUAAAACCGCGUGUCAGAGUAUAUGAAUUUUGAAUCGAUAUACCAGGUAUAUUUUUAAGGACAUUAUGCAUAAUCUAUUUUUAGAUCUUGUCUAUUUGUACCAGUCAGUUUUAUGAUUAUACAAACAAAAAUAGAACUGGUUAUUUUUUGUUAUGAUCUACAUUGUGGCAUAUCAUAUUGCUUUCUUUAUUUUGUUAAUGUGCCAAUUAACGCCUUCUUCCGCGUGAUAAUAUACUAAAUACGAAGAUCAAUUGUAUUGUAUAAGUGAGGCAAAUUAUCAUGUACAUCCUUUAUGUGUGCAGACAUGAACUUGUUUAAGCGAGAUCAUAACUAACUAAGUGUCAACAUCAUUACAGCUGCUCGUGCAUCUCAAUGCCUUUAUAUCAAUUGACACACCAAUUUAAUCAUGUUUGUAAAACGAUAAGAUGUAUUUAAUCAAUGUUGUUGAUGUAUAGACAACGUGAUGGUAGUGAUCGACACAUGUUAAAACAACUUUGAGUCUGUUAUUGUGCAAAUUUAACAUAUUUUAACUCGUUAUAAUAAAUUGAUGUAUAAAUUAUGUAAGAAACAAUGUCAGUGAAUGUAUAUGUAUGAAAUAAUAUAAAUUUUACAUAAAGACAUUAAAUGCAAUGUGUUUGAAAGAACGUGACUUUUACUUUACAUUUUUCCGGAGCAUUAAAACAAAUCAAACAAUUUUAUAGGCGAAUAGUAUUGCACAAUAAGCCAUGUCAAAAAAU